AUGCCUCCAAAGCGCAAAGCAGUCGACGAAGAUGCCGGUACGACCAAGAAGGCCAAACAGUCCACGCCGCGCUUGAAGAAGUCGCAGCAGCCAACGUGGGAUGAUACCGAGAAGCCGGAGGGUGAAUGGGCGCGUAAGUCUAUCGAGCGCUGGAGCCUACUACCUCCGUACAAGGGUUAUAGCGAAGUCGCCUGGAAAAACUACUACGAACAGCGCGCAGCUCUUGACAAAGUCAACACUCCCGGUAGCGACACCGCGGAGUCCAUCGUUUCUGAGGAGCUCGGUCAAGACACCUGGAAACUACUGCGUAAGGCAGCUGACAACGUUGCUGCCGCCAUCUACGGCACCACUCUAGACGACGAAGAGCGAAAGUUUGCUAUUGCCCGUACUCUUCGCGGGUCACUUUACUAUCUUGACCUGUUUGGCAACGAUGAGGAAGGCGGUGGCAGCAACCCUCGGACCGUCAACGCGAAGACACGCCUAUACUCGCCCUUCGGUCUUGGCACCGCCAUCGACUUCGCAUAUGUCUACCACUACCGUAUGCGCAUGUCUAUGGGCUCCGAACGCUUCUCCACGCUUCUCGCGCAGGUUCGCCACAUGGACGAAAUGGAGCCGGGCAACCCUUGCGGGUGUAUCGCGGUGCGUAAGGACAAGCAUGGAAGGGAGAAGCCCGAGGAAGGCGCAGUCAAGCUGCACAACAUGAAGGGCGCGACUAUAUCUGGUACGGCGGCUAAGAACCUCACCGAGUUUGAGGAGGCUCUCUUCGAUUGCUCUGGCUGGCUAUCGCCGCGCAAGCUCUACGAUCUUCUCGCUGCCGCCGGCACUGUGGGUCAUUACCACGAAGCAUUUGGUCGGGCCAUACUGGAGAAGGCUGGCCGAGGGAAGUUCAAGAUGUACCAGGGUGAGACGGAUGGACGCAGUGAAGAGAAAGAAGACGCCGCGAAACUUGCGCAGGCAGAGCAACUCGCUGACGAGACGGACUCGCUUCCCCUACGGCUCUUGUCCCUCGCUAAGGGCCUGGGCGCCGGUGUAGAAGAUGAGCAGGGUCCGGUGGAGGAUGACGCGCCCUUGACGAUUGUACAGGGUGCCACAACUGAUGCUGUUCAGCCGCACGCCAAGGUUCAUUCUACCGCGGAACAGCAAUCCGCGCAUACCGGACUCGCGGAUCUACCUGAUGAGACGUCAGCGGGAGCUCCUGCGGAGACGAUUGCUGACGAGUACACCCCGCUGCCGGAGGCCGACAGCAACUCUUCUGCGGUGCCCUAA